GAACAGGCAAUUUCCCCCUCAUAAAGGCAGCUGGAUGGAGAUCAUGGGAUGGCCACAAGUAUGUAUGCGCAGAUGAUUUCCAUCCAAAAUCUACUACAAAUGAACAAGACUGUUUGGUCUACUCUUUCGGAAUAUCCGAUGAUUUGUCGUUCGAAGACGCAGUAGCUGCACAAGGAUGCGAGGUAUUUGCUUUUGAUCACACAAUCAAGAGACUUCCGAGCACCAAAAAUAGCCGGAAAAUCCACUGGAAACCAAUCGGACUGGGAGUGGAAAACAGUGAGACGCUGAAAACUUUAGGCACUCUUAUUGCCGAAAAUGAUCACACCAACAGGAUCAUACAAUAUCUCAAAGUGGACGUGGAGGGCGCCGAGCGGGAAGCCAUGAUAGAGUGGAUGACAUC